CAAAGACCUAGUUUACGUCGUUCGCCUCUGCAACCACUCCCGCUAAUUUCCCUUGUCUCGGUGAGGAAGGCACCUACUGCUCUUGAGUCACUCACAAGACCUGAUUUCCUCUCUAUCGGUGUCCGUCUACUCAUUCAAAUGCCAUGUCCGCCCGCCCUACCACACCCCCCAAGAGUGGCGAGGCACCGUCUUCACCAUUGACGCCUGAGCAAGUUAGGAGGAUCGAAAUUAACAGACUCAAAGCAAAAGCGCUCAGAGAGCAACGAGAUGGUGAAACAGCCCCGACAUCUUCGGCCCAGCCAGCGGAUUGCGCAGUUGCUGGGCAGAAGCGCAGCUUUGCGACUUUCGCCGGCACAUCUACUUCCAAUCGAGAUGCCAGAUCCCCAAUGAACCCUACACGGCCUCUCGAAGCCAUUCAACCGGCACGGAACUUUGCCAAAUACGUCGAAUAUGACUUCAGUAAGAUGACAGACACAAAGGGUGGGUUUCUGACUGCGGACGAUGACCCUCACAAUAAAGCAUUACAUACCGAUGAACAGGAUCCUAGACCCACUCACAUGACACAGAAAGAAUGGGAAAGAGCACAACUGCUCAGAUCGUUGCGCAAUCAGAAGGCAGGACCAUUCGAACCGGGAAUCAGCGCUGCCAAAGAUGAUAAUAUUAAUUCGUGUCGGGAUUGCGGGACACGAGAAGUCGAUUGGAAAUGGUUGGAGGUCUUCGGCAUUGCUGUUUGCAACGCGUGCAAAGACAAAUAUCCAGAGAAAUACAGCUUACUCACAAAGACCGAGGCAAAGGAGGACUAUCUGCUGACUGACCCUGAACUGAAAGAUGAGAAGUUACUCCCACACCUGGAAAGACCCAACCCACACAAGUCGACCUGGCACAAUAUGUUUCUUUACCUCCGAUGCCAGGUCGAAGAAUAUGCCUUUUCAGAAAGGAAAUGGGGCUCUGCUGAGGCCUUGGAUGCCGAAUUUGAAAGGAGGCAGGACGACAAGAAGCGGCGCAAGGAGAGCAAGUUCAAGUCCAGACUGGCAGAUUUGAAGAAGCGGACCAGAGUAGAAGCACAUCAGCGCAGUCGGAAAGGCGGAGGAGGGAAUUUUGGUGAUGAUUUUGGCGAAGGCAAGCAUGUGCAUGAAUUUGGGCGGCCGAUAGACAAUCCAGAGAGCGGAAUCCCUGUCAAGAAAUGUGUUAUAUGCGGACUAGAAGUCGAGGAAUUGGAUCUGUAACAUAGUUAUCGAGCGUAAUCUAUGAGGAAUACCUGUGAAA